AUGAGCCAAGCUACAGACCUCGAAGCAUCGCGCAGCUAUGAUGAAACUGGGUAUGGUAUGGAUGAAGACGAAGAGGAGUACGAGGAAAUUACACAGGAGGAUUGUUGGACGGUCAUCUCGAGCUUCUUCGAGCAGAAGGGUCUCGUCCGGCAGCAACUGGACUCCUUUGACGAGUUCGUGCAGAAUACAAUGCAGGAGCUUGUAGACGAGAAUGCGGACCUCAUUCUUGACCAGGCAGACCAACAUACCGGGCAUGAUGCAGACGUUACGCGCCGCUACGAGAUACAAUUUGGUCAAAUUUACCUGUCGAGACCGACCAUAACGGAAGCAGAUGGCUCAGUCGUGCCAGUGUUCCCGCAGGAGGCUCGACUCAGGAAUUUAACUUAUUCUGCGCCACUAUAUAUCGAGAUGAAGAAGAGAGUUUUGGUUGGCAGAGAAGACCCGGAAAGUGCGACAGGGGAGGUAAUUUGGGAGCAAGAGCAGGAGGAGACAUACGAUGACAGCAGAAAGGUGUGGAUCGGCAAGGUGCCAAUCAUGCUCCGGUCGACAUAUUGCAUCCUGCAUAAAUUGAAGGAUGAGGACCUGUAUGAUCUCAACGAAUGCCCGUACGACUCGGGCGGCUACUUUAUCAUAAAUGGCUCAGAAAAAGUGCUCAUUGCACAGGAACGCAUGGCCACGAAUCAUGUCUACGUAUUCGCGAAGGCGCAGCCAUCGCCCAUCAGCUUCCUCGCCGAGAUACGCAGCGCGGUCGAGAAAGGUGGCAAGACAAUCAGUCAGUUCCAAGUGAAGCUGUACCACCGUAAUCAGGAGCGUUCGUUGGGGAACGUUAUGAAGGCCAGUAUACCAUACAUUAAGGUCGACAUUCCUAUCUGGGUAGUCUUCCGCGCUCUGGGCGUUAUAUCGGAUCGCGACAUCCUUGAACAUAUAUGCUACGAUAUGCAAGAUGCGCAGAUGCUUGAGAUGCUCAAGCCUUGUAUUGACGACGGCUUCGUGAUCCAAGAUCGCGAGGUUGCAUUGGACUUCAUCGGAAACCGUGGAACAACCACCGGUCUUAAUCGAGAGCGCCGCUUGCGAUACGCGCAGGAGAUUCUCCAGAAAGAGAUGCUACCGCACAUCUCGAUGGCGGAAGGUUCGGAGUCGAAGAAGGCUUACUUCUUCGGAUACAUGAUCCACCGGCUCCUCCUCGCUGCUCUAGAGAGGCGUGACCUUGAUGACCGUGACCAUUUCGGCAAGAAGAGACUGGAUCUAGCUGGGCCAUUAUUGGCGAAUUUGUUCCGCAUGCUGUUCCGCAAGUUGACAAAGGACGUCUAUCGAUACUUACAGAAGUGUGUCGAGUCCCACAAAGAGUUUAACUUAAAUCUUGCCGUCAAGUCCAAUACGAUCACCAAUGGUCUUAAAUACUCCCUUGCCACUGGUAACUGGGGUGAUCAGAAGAAGUCGAUGGCGUCGAAAGCCGGCGUGUCACAGGUGCUCAACAGAUACACGUAUGCAUCGACUCUGUCGCACUUGCGACGUUGCAACACUCCAUUGGGAAGAGAAGGCAAGAUUGCCAAGCCCCGACAAUUACACAACACGCACUGGGGUAUGGUCUGUCCAGCCGAGACACCUGAAGGACAGGCAUGUGGUCUUGUGAAGAAUCUCUCUUUGAUGGCGUGCAUCUCUGUCGGAUCGCUUUCAGCUCCCGUCAUCGAGUUUUUGGAGGAGUGGGGUCUAGAGUCACUGGAAGAGAACGCACAUUCAGCUACGCCGUGUACGAAGGUGUUUGUGAACGGCGUGUGGAUGGGUGUUCACCGUGACCCUGCAAACCUGGUCAAGACAAUCAAGAAACUCCGUAGGAAGGAUGAUAUCAGUCCCGAAGUCUCCGUGGUUCGUGAUAUCAGGGAGCGAGAGUUACGUCUCUACACUGAUGCUGGCCGGGUUUGUCGGCCGUUGUUCAUCGUCGAGAACCAGCAGCUGCUUCUGACUAAGAAGCAUAUUGAUUUGCUCAAUCGCUCGGCGGAGGAAGAAAAAGCUCUCCCUGGCAGUGGAUACAAGUGGGACAAUCUGAUCAAAUCUGGGGUUAUCGAGUUAUUGGAUGCUGAAGAAGAGGAGACGGUCAUGAUCUGUAUGACGCCUGAAGACCUCGACAACUCCAGGCUUCAGUCUAGCGGCGUCGAUCCGCAUGCGAAUGACGAAGAUUUCGAUCCCGCUGCACGCCUCAAGGCCGUCACCAACGCCCAUACUUGGACGCAUUGCGAAAUCCAUCCUAGUAUGAUAUUGGGCGUGUGUGCAAGCAUCAUUCCAUUCCCCGAUCAUAAUCAGUCUCCGCGUAACACUUACCAAUCUGCCAUGGGUAAACAAGCUAUGGGUAUCUACUUGACCAACUUCCUGGUCAGAAUGGACACCAUGGCGAACAUCCUCUACUAUCCUCAGAAGCCUCUCGCGACCACUCGUUCGAUGGAGUACUUGCGAUUCCGCGAGCUUCCUGCCGGACAGAACGCGAUUGUUGCAAUUCUGUGCUACAGUGGCUAUAACCAGGAAGAUUCCGUCAUCAUGAAUCAGAGUUCCAUCGACCGCGGUCUUUUCCGAAGCAUGUACUACCGCAGUUACAUGGACUUGGAGAAGAAGAGCGGCGUGCAACAAUUGGAGGAGUUCGAGAAGCCGACUAGGGACACUACUCUCCGCAUGAAGCAUGGCACUUAUGACAAGUUGGAGGAUGAUGGUCUAAUUGCUCCUGGUACCGGCGUCAACGGCGAAGAUAUCAUCAUCGGCAAAACCGCGCCUAUCCCGCCUGACAGCGAAGAGUUGGGCCAGCGUACCAGAGCUCACACCAAACGGGAUGUCUCGACACCUCUGAAGAGCACCGAGAGUGGCAUCAUUGACCAGGUCCUCAUCACGACGAACGCGGAUGGCCAGAAGUUCGUCAAGAUUCGUGUUCGGUCCACACGUGUUCCCCAGAUCGGCGACAAGUUCGCAUCGCGACACGGUCAGAAGGGUACUAUCGGUAUCACGUACCGCCAGGAGGACAUGCCCUUCACGGCAGAAGGUAUUACCCCCGAUAUCAUCAUUAACCCACACGCUAUCCCGUCGCGUAUGACAAUCGGACACUUGGUGGAGUGUCUGCUGUCGAAAGUUGCUACCCUCAUCGGAAAUGAAGGUGAUGCCACCCCUUUCACGGAACUCACUGUGGAGUCGGUUUCCCAGGUUCUGCGGCAGAAGGGAUACCAGUCGCGUGGUCUGGAAGUCAUGUACCACGGGCACACCGGUCGCAAGCUGCAAGCCCAAGUCUAUCUGGGCCCGACAUACUACCAGCGUCUGAAGCACAUGGUGGAUGACAAGAUCCAUUCUCGUGCAAGAGGUCCCGUGCAGAUUCUCACCAGGCAGCCUGUUGAGGGUCGUAGUCGUGACGGUGGUCUGCGCUUUGGUGAGAUGGAGCGUGACUGUAUGAUAUCUCAUGGCGUUGCAGCGUUCCUGAAGGAGCGUCUGUUCGAGGCUAGUGAUGCUUACCGACUGCACGUCUGUGACAUUUGUGGUCUCACGGCUAUUGCUAACCUCAAAAAGCAAACAUUCGAGUGUCGCUCUUGCAAAAACAAGACGGCUUGUUCACAGCUGUAUAUUCCUUACGCCGCGAAGCUGUUGUUCCAGGAAUUGCAAAGUAUGAACAUCGCGGCUCGUCUGUACACAGUCUCCACAGGGCGCAUUAGGGACUAG